AUGGCAAACGCGAGCGUGUCUAGCUGCGUGGUCUCCAUCAUCUCUUCCUUCACGAGCGGGCUGGACGUGUUCAAGAGGUUCCGGGAGUUGCGCAGGAGCAAGAAGAGUCGGACGAAGAAGCAGGACAAGACGGGCCGGGAUGAUGAGGUGCAGCUGGUGUCAAGCCUGAGGAGAGGGCCUGAGGACAUCGGGCGAGAGUAUCAGCGCAGCAUUUCCGCAGUCGGCGAGCACUUCGCUCACGGCGAUGUUGUAGCGAACACGGCUCUCGCUGAGGUCUUGCUCAAGCUCAACACCGGCCUCGUCACCGUCAUCAACGCCUUUCUUGCGAGGGACAAGAAAGAGACGCCAUUGGACUAUCAAUCAUUGACGGCCCUGUCCGAUGCGUCUCGGGUCGAUACCUGUCGCGCACUACGGGAGCUCUACCACAGAAUGAUGCGUUCGAAGACGCCUCGCGUACCGCAGCAAGUCAGUCACUCGGACCUUCGAUCGCCAGCGAGGCACAGGUCUGUUUCGAAGCGAGCAAGAGCGCGGGGUCCUGUUCUUGCCCGGGUUGUGAUUGCCGAUUCUUCGAAGCCGGGACAAGUCGCAAUGGUGCGAUCUGGCGAGCGCAAGAAGAGGAAGGCGACAAAAGGUGGGAGUACCGAGACAUCAACGGCCGCACAGUCAACCGCCAAUUUGGCAGUCGCCUCAGCAACGCAGCUCCCAGCUCUCCGAGAACCGAAGCACCCACCGCCGCCUGCAACGUACACCAGGUCUCAGCUCUCAUUGCACGCACAGCCCGAGCCUCGAAGAAAGCAGUCCACCUCACUGCUCACGUCCGCCCCUCGAUCAGCAGAACCUACGCAUCGUCAACUGCCAUGGGAAUUGUCAUCAGCUGCGAGGGCUAACCCACCGCGAAGAGCGAAUAAGCCCACGCCGACCUUCUACUCAGAGGCUUCCGACGCGACCAAGCUGGGAGAAAUCCCCCUCCACAAGUGGGCAGAGCCUGUCGACUUCGAUGAGAUGUCCAGGCUCAACAAGGAAGCAGCCAAGAAUGGUUGGCCUUUCAAUGAGAUGGACACUGCGGCACCCAAGAAGAAGCGUGGAGGCUUCUUCAACCUCUUCCGACGCAAGACGGCCGAUAUGUGAAGAGAGUGAUACUCCGACGAUCGCGAUAUUGGACUGAAUGUCGCGCACUAUGGUCACUUGACAGCACACGAGAUGGGACAGCAUUCAUUCCGCGAGGCGGGUUUCUCAUUCGAUGUCUCGACGCACUGUUAUCACCAGACGGCUGGGAACCGUGGCUGGAGCAGACUGCGGGUUCGCAUAGCACUCGGCAGGUGCACAGUGCUCGAGCCCGUGUUGACUUGCCCAUGUGCAACUAAAUUUCUGUCAGCAGAACGGGCCCGACUU